AUGCCGGGCCAGAAACGUAUGACAACUGGCGAGGCGGCCACACCACAACGCCUCACACCUUUUCACCUGGACCCCCGAGAACGCGAAAUCAGCACCGGACCCUUCAUCGACCUUCGGAUGACACCCCAGCUCCACAAUCGACGCCUUCGAUGUUGGGCUGGGGCUCCCGUGAAGGCGUUGCUCAAAUCGGGGUUUGCACCAGACGCCCCCGUGUGGAUGCACACGUCUGUCUUGCUCUCCGUCUCUUAUGGACCGAAACUCCAGGGUCCACCGCACGAAGUCGAAGCCGUGCCGAUGGGACAAAGUGUCCAGCUGACGUGCCACGUUGAGGCCAACCCCCCUGCUCUGGUCACGUGGUACCACUACAGGAGUAUCCACGUGGUGAACCGUCACACUCUCGCCGCCAACCCCAACAUCUCGGGUCUCUUCACGCCGACAGUCAUCUCGCAUCGACUGAUCCAGUCCUUCGUUGACGCCGAAUUGAGUGGAAGUGACUUCAAGAAACUUAUCUCCGCAGAGAGAUAUUCAGCGCUGAGCGUUAAGACUCGUUCUGUGGAGAAUUAUGGUCUCUACGUCUGCGUUGGUUUAGCAGCUCAAAGAGAAACAAGAAAAGUCGUUAUUUUGGCUGAAGCCGGACCACCGCAGAUCGACACCCAGACCCACGUCUCUGGAAGAGUCGGUGGAAGGAGUAGGAUCGCGUGUCGCACAGUCGGCUUGCCCAAACCCACUCCUCAGGAAUUCUUGUGGUCUAGAGUUUCUACAAAACAACCGAUCACUCCAUCCCUCUCUGUGCACAUUGAACACGAGGAAGACCUUGCUGGUUCGACCAGUGCGCUGGAGAUCAAUCCGGUUUCCAAGGAACACUUUGGACUAUACAACUGCACCGUAGUAACCGCGUUCGGAGUGGACUCAACAGUAAUUGCAUUCAAAGAAAUAAAGGAGGUACCGUACGCGUUUGCCGUAGGAGUUGGUGCGGCUUCUGUUGUCUCGGUGAUAUUUGCGGCUGUGAUCUUGUGGAUUCUGCGUCGAUUCAUUCGACACAAACGCAGCGGAAGGACAGCGAGAAUUAUCACUGCCAAUUACCGCCACGAUUCUGUCGACGCCUAUUCUGAACGGAUAUCGACACUUGGACGUCGGUCGGUGCUUGAGGAACCCACAGAGGUCAACCUGAGUAACAAGAUUCAUCACGAUGGGAACCGCACGCUACUGCCGUUACCUAUGCAACCGCUAUCAACCUGCCUCAUCCGAAGCCCUUGUCACUUGGUCUCGUAUGAAGGUGGAUCAGAGUACACGUCGGUCACCGGUUCACCAAUAAUUUCGCGCCUUCGUGACCAUCACGGAUCAGUCCCCGGUACCAUGGCAACCAUCUACCAAGCUGCGCCACCUGAGAACGACAAGGGGGACUUUUCGCCAACAGACGGCCCAAGCGACGUUGUCAGUAAUUCCAGACUCGCGCUCCUGACCGCGUGCAGUGCAAAUUUUCGUGAUCAGCUAUUUCCAACAUGA